GCGAUUGUGUGUGGUACGUUGUAAUAUUCAGUUGUUAAUAACUCCGGGCACAGGUAUCUAUCAAAUCGGUGGGUUUUACUUUCAUUUCGCGCUUGUUUCAAUCCCAGUAAAGACGCAAGUGCAAACGCUGUGGUGAUUUUUGUGUCUGUGAUAAGUGCUGUAGGCUUUAAGUAUUAUACAAAAUGACUCAUUACAUCAGAUAUGUGGUUGAUGGAUAUCAUGACUUGAUGGACAAUAAAAGUGAUCCAAGAGUCAACGACUGGUUCCUUAUGAGCUCUCCAUUUUACACGCUGGGUAUCUGCUUGUCGUAUGUCUACAUUGUCAAAGUGCUUGGACCCAAACUGAUGGAGAACAGAAAACCAUACGAAUUGAAGACUGUUUUAAUUGUAUAUAACUUUUUCCAAGUGUUGUUCAGUUCGUGGCUUUUUUAUGAGAGUUGUGUAGCAGGAUGGUUGAACCAUUACAGCUUCAAAUGUCAGCCAGUGGAUUAUUCGCGGAAUCCUUUAGCAAUGAGGAUGGCUAGAGGUUGUUGGUGGUACUAUUUCUCGAAGUUCACGGAAUUUUUAGAUACGUUCUUCUUUGUCCUCCGGAAGAAAAACGACCACAUCUCGACCCUGCACGUUAUUCAUCACGGCAUAAUGCCGAUGUCCGUUUGGUUUGGGGUCAAGUUCACUCCUGGAGGUCACUCAACCUUCUUUGGUUUUCUGAAUACCUUCGUUCACAUCAUCAUGUACAGCUAUUACCUUUUGGCCGCUCUGGGACCACAGUACCAAAAGUAUCUCUGGUGGAAAAAAUAUUUGACAACUAUACAGAUGAUCCAAUUCGUUUUGGUUAUGAUCCACGCUUUCCAGUUGCUUUUCAUUGACUGCAACUAUCCCAAGGCUUUCGUUUGGUGGAUUGGCAUGCAUGCUGUGAUGUUUUACUUUCUGUUUUCCAACUUUUACAAGGAAACCUACAACAGGAAACAAAAGAAACUGAAAGCUGAGGCGGAAGAAAACAAGCCAACUCAAAAUGGAAUCCACAAAAACGGUGUCCAGAAAAACGGAUACUCGAAAGUAGGCAUAUGCUUCACCACUCAAACGGCUUUAUACGAACACACCAAUGUCGUUAAACCAAUGCCGAAUGGAUACACAUCGUCUGAGAUAAAAGACGAGCUCAGAAACAGGGCGUAUCUAGAUAAAAACGGCAUCAAAUCAUAGGCGUAGAAUUAGGUUUAGGUGUAAAUAAUUUUAUAGUCAUCACACAGUAGAGAUAAGUCUCUAUCAUUAUGAAUUAUACUAUAAGCGGGGCGCCACAGCAAGGAACUUGUAAGUAGAAAUGCCACAGAUUAUGGCAUGGUUAAAGGAGAGCGUAUGGUACAGUGUUGGUUGGAAAGUGUGCAAUAAUCAAAAUCUCUCCAUAGACACACUGUACAUUCACCAUUGUAUAUGAUCAAUAAAGGAUACGAAGUUUGAAAUAGUUCUUCAUUCUUGAAGAACGAUACUGCUGAUGAUGGUUCUUCAGACGAUUCUGAGAAUGGUUUUUCAUGUACAAUCAUGAAAACAGAUUAUGUUGAGGAGCAAAGAUUGUAAAAUUCUAACGUUUUUCAUUGGGAAAAGAAUGUUGCAAUUACUUCAGGUCAAAGUUAAGGUACCUUUUGAACUUCCAUCUGAAUAUUCGUGGAUUUUUCCAAACAACUAGAGUGUUUAAUGAUAUUUUGACAGGUCAAUUGGACAUAAUACAUAAUUCACUUCAGUUCAAGCCAGUGACGUGAUAAUGAGUAUGGACUGGCAAUUGAAGAGAGAACAUUGAUUCCAACAACUAAAAAGAGAUGAAAAGAUUUAUGUCCUGGCAUGUCCCUCAGUCUAUUUAUUAUCAUGUUUGACAAAAAUUCUCAUGUUUAUGAAACGUUUUGGUGUUUCACAUAGGAGAGUGCUCAGUAUUAAAAAAUAAAAUAAUGUAUUUUUUCAGAUCCUUUGACUAAUGCUUAUAUACAUUGAAUUUAUAUAAAUCAAUGAAACUUCAAUUAUAUUGCCAAAGAUGAACAUUCUGUUGAACUAUUCAGAACUUUUAUUACCUAAUUUAGAAAUGAAUGACUCAAUGGUAUUUGUUGAAACUUUUAUAAAAUAUUUUUGACAUGCUCCAAUUUUCUUCAGGCGUUUUACAAUUAAUUUACCAGGUGAUGAAAAAUCCUAAAUAUACAGAAAAAUGUAACAUCUUAAGUGAGAAUGACAUACUUAACUCAAUGCAAAUUCAAUUUAGUUUCAGUGUGUAUCUUCCCCAUUUUGUGCUCUAAGCAAUAAUAUUCAUUUCAAGAAAGUUUGAAGCACUUACAGAGUUGUAACAUUCUACAAUAAUAGACCUUCUGAAGGCAGAAUUAGUUCAUUUACUUUGGAACUUUUCUGGUGAUUUUAUGUGAAAGAAUAUCUUCCAUUAAAAUAAAGAUUAUUCUGCUCGCCUUGGAUAACUCUGAAGAUUUUUCUCAGAAAUAUAGUGAUAGUAUUGUACAUUAUGAUUUUACCAGAAUAGUCUUAGGUAGUUAUAAAUUUCAACGGUUCAGAGAAUAUAUUUAUUUUUUUAUUGUAUGUUUAUUUCUGGAAGUUUCGAAUAUUAUUUGUUAAAUAUAUAAUUUAUCACACAA